AUGGCAAAAUUUGUACUUGCUGGCAAGGCAAAUUGCCCGUACUUUGCCAAAGCUGAACUUCUUGCAGAUUUACUGCAAAGAUCUCUGCCAAAGUUCAGCAUCCACACGCUCUGCAUGCACCCCGAUGAGUGGCAGCAAUGGCUGGAAACCACUUGCAAGGAAAAUGGCUGGCAGCAUGAGCAUUCCCCCAUGAUAUGGAGGGAACUGAUCAACCGUGGGGGUAAAGGAAUGCUUCUAGGGGGCUUCAGCGACUUCCUAGAACAUGUACAGGCUUACUAUGGCAUCACCUCAGAUAUGACGACGGAACUGAUGAUGAAGAUUGCAACAGAGAACCUGCUGACACGGGAGCUGUGCAUGAAGGAGGAGGUGUACCAUCAGAGCCUCAUCAAGCCACUGCACAUAUGGAUCAGCAGUGCUCUUAACCCGACCUGCUACAUCCUGAUCCCCCAGCUGUUUGCCCCUGGGGUAUUCCGGGACGCCCCAACCAUCAGCCUCCACCUGUUGGAUGUGGGGGCCAUCGAGGAGGACCUGCAGGGGGUCAGGAUGGAGACAGAGGACCUGGCUCUCCCACAGCUCCAUAAAGUCACUGUCUACACAGAGCUGGAUCAGGCCUUCCAACAAGCACACUUCAUCAUCCUCCUGGAUGACAGUUGGCCUGAGUGUGGAGGGGAGGACGAGGAAGAAAUCAAGGUGUGUAGUUCGAAUGGCUCGGUGAGGAAGGUGUCGGAGCGUUACCAACAGUAUGGGCGCCUUAUUGACGAAAGGGCGCACAAGAACGUGGCGGUGAUUGUGGCUGGGAACUCCUUGGUUAACCUGAAGUGCUCCCUUCUGCUAGAGAACGCUCCCUCGGUUGACAGCGGACGCUUUGUCGGCGUGGCAACUCAACUGGAGUACGAAGCCAGAGCCCACAUUGCACAGAAGCUAUCUGUGAAGACUGCAGAUGUGACAGAUGUCAUCGUUUGGGGCAACAUCAGCGGCAGUUCCCAUGUUGACCUGCAGAGGGCGAAGGUUUUCCAAUACGAAGGGGCCAUCUGGGGACCAUCAGAUUUUUCUCAGCCAGUCCUAAAGAUGAUAUAUGACAGGAAAUGGCUACAGACUGACUUCCUGAAUUUGGUCAGUUCCCAACGUGCCACUGUAGCCUCCAAGUCCCAGAGGACCACAGCCAUAUCAGCCACUAAUGGGAUCAUUGCAGUUCUAAAGGCCUGGAACUGCAACUCUUCUGCUGAGGAGGUCCUCUCCUUAGGCAUACUCAGCACAGGACAGUACAACCUCCCAGCUGGUGUAGUCUUCUCAAUGCCAGUGAGCUUCCAGGAUGGUAGAUGGUCCGUGUUGUCUGAUGUUAUCAUUGGUGAUGAGAUGAGGGCCAAACUGCAGAUUGCUGCAGACCAACUCAGGGAGGAGAAAGAGCUUGCAUCAAGGACAAGAAAAGACACUGCAUGA